UCGCGACUGCGCAUGCUCCUUGCUCUGUUGCUACUCAGUCAGUUGUUGUAGUUACCAGGAACAUUAACCGCUAAGAUCAACUGGCCCUGUCUAUGGCGAUAACAGCUAGCUAGCUAGCAGUUAGCACGCUCGCAGAGAUAAAGUUGGAGGAGGUAGCGUUUUAGGUGCCAUGGUAAAACCCAGACACUUGAUCCCAGGAAGAUUUCACCGGGCAGCUCGUCCCCUUAUACUGUGAAGAUGCCUGCUGUGAUCCGUGAUAGCAAGGAGGACUCUGAGUCCUCUUCAGAAGACGAGCAAGAAGACAAUCCCUGCAUUGCCUGGAGUGGCCUCAGCAAGUCCAUCCCAGUUCUCCUGUUUUUCCCUGAAGCUGCAGUUUCAAAAGAUGGGAAUAUCUGCUCUACUGGAGAGCGAUAUAACAUGGCCUUCAAGAUUGUGCGCACUGAGAGCCGCCUGGUACGGGGAAUACUGGCCAAUCAUGGAUUCCAUGAGGUUCACCCAAACAGCAAUGACUUCAACCUCAUGUGGACAGGAUCUCACCUCAAGCCUUACAUACUACGCAGCCUUCAAGACUUCCAGAAGGUCAACCACUUUCCCAGGUCAUAUGAAUUGACGCGCAAAGACCGUCUGUAUAAAAACAUCCAGCGAAUGCAGCAGACUCAUGGCUUCAAAAACUUCCAUAUUGUUCCUCAGACCUUUGUGCUUCCCUCUGAGUACCAGGAGUUCUGCAAUUGUUUUGCCAAGGACAAGGGCCCCUGGAUUAUUAAACCAGUAGCAUCUUCCAGAGGUAGAGGCAUCUACUUGGUCAGCAAUCCAAAUCAGAUUUCAAUGGAUGAGAACAUCUUGGUGUCUCGCUAUAUUAAUAACCCACUACUGAUAGAUGAGUUCAAGUUUGAUGUGCGGUUGUACGUGUUGGUGACAUCAUACGACCCACUUCUCAUCUAUGUGUAUGAGGAGGGCCUGGCUAGAUUUGCCACAGUCAAGUAUGACCGGACUUCAAAGAACAUUAAGAACACGUUCAUGCAUCUGACUAACUACAGCGUGAACAAAAAGAGCAGCGAUUAUGUCAGUUGCGAUGACCCUGAAGUUGAGGAUUAUGGGAACAAAUGGAGUAUGAGUGCGGUGUUGAGGUAUUUAAAGCAGGAGGGGAAAGACACCACAUUGCUGAUGAGACAGGUGGAGGACCUCAUCAUCAAAGCUGUACUGAGUGCUGAACCUCAGAUAGGCACCGCCUGCAAAAUGUUUGUUCCCCACAAGACAAACUGCUUUGAACUGUAUGGGUUUGACGUGCUUAUUGACUCCAACCUCAAACCCUGGUUGUUAGAGGUGAACCUUUCUCCCUCUCUGGCCUGUGAUGCCCCUUUGGAUCUGAAGGUAAAGGCCAGCAUGAUUGCAGACAUGUUUUCGCUUGUGGGCUUUGUGUGUCACGACCCCCUUUCGAGGCAACCACGUAGUGACCGAGUCACCCUGGACUCCAGCCUUAAGCACCCAGCAACCCAAAAAACACAGAAACCUCUUUCUGCACUGACAGCCACUGCGCACAGCAGAAUGCAACAGAGGCCCACAUCCGCCGGUAACUCAGAAACAGAGGGGAAGGACAAGCUAGGACCUAAACAAGGCCGUGGGGACAGCACUCUGACUUUGACUGCCGAGGAGAUCAAAGUGCUUAGGAGGAUAAAGGAAGAGUACGAGAGACGUGGAGGCUUCAUUAGGAUCUUCCCCACUGCAGAAACAUGGGACCUCUAUGGUGGAUAUCUGGAGUCCAAGACAUCAAUGAACUACAUGUUGGCAAACAGACUUUUCCAUGGCAGGAACGUGCAGCUGCAGGUGGACGCCGUUCACAGCUGUCACGUUGUCCAGUACGAGAGGAAGCUGCUGUCUCUGGAGGCGUGUAAGAGGAGACAGCGCCACCUGACUCAUCGCUCUGCUGCAAGGAAGAAGAAAUUGGGGAAGGAGUCCAAGGUCUCCCUGCCUGAAAUCAGCAGUCCGGAGGGAGAGGACUGCGCUCAUGAAGAAAGAGAGGAGGUGAACCAAGCUCUCGAGCCAGUCUCAUACAAGACUUUGGUAGCAGAGCAAAGAAAACAAGUGGCCCCACCACUGGAGCGCUGCCACAGCGAGGCUUUGUCCAGUUCAGAGGCAGCAACGCACAAUGCCAGGCCCAGAGUCAACCUGCUCAACAUCCUUCAGCAGGGGUGGGACCUCAGUAAAGUGCAGGCCCGGAUGGCCUUUUCCUCAUACCUGCAGCGAGUUCAGCAAAGACUGCUGGCAGAAAGCAGAGCCAACACCAUCCCAGCUUGGCCUGACAAGGACAACGACCAAAUGGAGCUUGUGAUUCGCUUCCUGAGAAGAGCAGCCAGUAACCUUCAACAAGACAUAAAGGUGGUCUUGCCCAGUCGCCAACUUCCACUCAAAGACCGCAGACGCAUCCUGUCCCACCAGCUAGGAGAGUUUCUCCACUGUUACAACAAGGAAACUGAUCAUAUGGAGAAAAAACAGGAGGGCAGCAAAGAGGAGCAUUGUGUUAACCCCAGUGUGUUUCAGGAGUACAUUGCUGAAGCAAGUGAAAAUGAUCUGGAGGAAGUACUGACAUUCUACACACAGAAAAAUAAAUCAGCCACCAUCUUCCUAGGAACAAAAGUCCGGAGGGUUAAGAAAGACGUUCAUGAAGUAAAUGCCUCAGGAGAUUCAGGCAACUGUGAGAAUUCCAAAACUCUGCCUGUGGCCAAAGAGGAUUCCAGUGCUUCAGAGUCCUCGUUCUUCAUGGGGAAAGUCGGUAGUGACACAGACAUCAACGCCACUGAGAGUCAUCCCUUUGUCCCUACUGAAGAUCGACAGGCAGCAGUUAGAAUUACUCAAAUCCAGCCAGAGGUCCAGGCUUCCCAGCACCACUCCAGCUUUCCAAUGACUUUAGACAGCACACAUAGUCACCUGCAGCACUGCUGCCCUGUCCCAACAUCCCUGCCUCUCCAUUGCCCACCGCCGCCGCCACCUCUUCAGCCACCGUCCUAUGCACAGUCCUUGGCUAAGUCUCAGUUCUGCCAUUCUGGGACUUUUUCUGACCCUCCUGCAUACACCCCUGCCCUUGUGGUCACACAGCCACCGAGAGCAAUGUGGACAGCUGUUUCCACCGGCUCUAACACAGUCUGUACUGGGCAACCAACCCAGGUGCUUAAGAGGAUUCAGUCCUAUACCUCAUCAGCGUCCAGCUCUGGAGCAGCUUCUUCCAUCCUGAGUGCCACGCACAUCUAUAGCCAGAAGCUCUUGAGACCUACCUCUGCAGGCCAAGUUAUCCGGAAGAGCAGUUCCAGUAAGCUGAAGUCAAACUCCGCUGGGACAUUAAAGGAGUUAAGCUCCCUGUCUGCCCAGGCCCAGUCUAACCAGCAGGCCUUCAUCUCAGCCCUGCAAAAGCUGGCUGACAAGCAGGUAGCUCGCCACUAUGCCAGCUCCAGUCACAUCAACCUGCUGACCCAACACUUGGCCAACCUGAACCUGGCAAACAGGAUGCUGGGCACAGAGAGUGUCACACCGAACCCAAAAGUGUGGCACACUGCUUCUGCAACCCAAGGGCCAGUAAAAGCUGUUCAUUCUGGAACUGAUCUAUGUAGCAGCACUAGCCCCAGGCCACUGAAGGAUGAGGAGGGUCUUUGGGAUGGGCAGAUGCAGAAUGACUAUAGCUUGGUGACACGGGUGAACCACCAGCAGCGCUACCAGCCCACCCAAGGAAGCUACCAGCUCCAGUUUGCUAUCCAGAAACUGCAACAGCAAAGACUUCAGUCUCGACAAUUUCUGGACCAGAGCCAUUACAGACGUCAGGCUCAAUUUCCAGACCAGACAGGUACUCCACACAUCCAUGCUCCCACAAACUCAUCCAGCUGCCUUCUCUCCAGCUUUCGUGUUCGCCCCAAUCACAGCCACAGCCACAUCCAAACCUGUGUUAGUCCUGUUCUCGCCCCAAAGCCACCAAGCAGUGCCAGAGAGGGACAGAUCCGGAAAACAGCAACAAAGCGCCUUAUAAAGCAGACAUCCGCAGAGAGUUCAGCCAGUGGAAGUGUGUCCAGCGGUCAGCAUGUGGUCUACAAAGCUAUCUGUGGUAAAACAGGUCUUUCUGUUCACCCCAAGCUGUUCCAAGGCCAGGAGCCCACUCACAGAUGACAUGAAAGCGACCAGAGGCAUACCCUGCCCCUCUGCUUGCCUGACAGGUGUCUCUGCAUGUAACUACAUCCUCAUAGAGGUGUAUUCUGGGAAAGUACAACAGCAGCAGAUGAAAGCAUGCCAGACAUUGAACAGGCUCCUAUUAAUUUCUCUAUGAUAGAGCCACAGACAUGUAAGAGGAUCGUCUUCUAGGACAGGAAUGCCCAGCUUUGACGCAGGUUGGGAUUUUGUUUGCUCAGCUCAACAUCAGUUGGUCUUUUCAGCUCCUUGCCCCCCCCCCC